GCGCCAGCGAAGUUGCACGCGAGGUGGUAGAAGAUUUACUCGGAUGGGAACUUGAUGCCACGAAGCGGGUAUCUGGUUCAGCGAAAGCUCCCAUUUUGGGAGUGGAGGUCGAAAUCGACUUCGCCGGCGGGGCCGUGCAUUUGGAGAGUGGCCCGGCCAAGAUCGCGCAAUGGAGAGCGCAGAUCUGCGCCAUUCUGGAGCGCAGCGCGCUGCACCCUGCCGAAGCGAAAAAGCUUGCGGGGGGGCUGAGCUGGGGCGCUUCUGCUGUUCACGGCCGCGCUGCGAGGGUGCAUCUGGCGCCGCUUUUCAAGCAGGCGUCUGGGGCGCCCUCGGCUUUGUCAGGCCGUUUGGCGCGCUCCCUCCGCUGGUGGCUGCGUUUUCUCCACUCUGUGCCGCGGCGCGCAGCGUUGUCCGCGGAGCCUGCCAAGCGGCGCCAGUGCAUUGUAUAUUCUGACGACACGGGCAAAGGCAGGUUGGCAUGGGCCAUCUGUUUGCCAGAGCGGCGUGUCUGGUCUGCCUCCGCGGUGCCCCGUGCAGUAUGGCGUUGGGCGCUCCACCGGAAAAACCAGGUAGCAACCUGGGAGCCAAUGGCGGCCAUUUGCGCGCUCCACUGGCUGCUCAGCCAAGAGGUGACCACGUUGUCGGCCCUGCAGUUCUCGGUGCCUUUGGAUGCCGAGGGCGGUUGCGAGUCGGGGCCGUGCUUCAGGCAGUGGGUGCUUGGGGGCGCAGCGCUGUUCACGCAGUUGUCCGUGGCACACGGCUCAGGCAAAGGGCUGGCGUUGCAUUUUCAUGUUUUCAUGUUGCAUUUCCUGGAGCAGAGCCGGGCGCGUGCAGCGGCGUCAACAGGUGCAGAUGCGCUUUCGCUGGCCGCGCCGAUCGUGGAGGCGGUGCCGGAGCAGUUUGCGACAACGCCGCUCCCCGAGCCCUUGGCCAGCUUUGUGCGGCAAGUGGCUGCCGUGGCACCGCCAGGGCCUGCAGUCGAGUCUGUAUGUUCGGACUUGGCAGCUGCUGGUGCUGAGGACUUCUGCGGCCUCGGCCUGGCUGAAGUUCAGCAAAUUUGGGCUCCCCUCGAUGGGUGUGCGCACCCAUUCCUCCAGAGGUUUCUGCAGCUGUGCGAGGCAGAACGGCAGCGGAGUCAGCGGUCGGCGUCUUUUGCUGCUGCAAGGGGCGCCCAGCCGAGCCAGGCGGCGGGCGGCAGUCCGCAGGAGCUCGGAUUAGAACGCAGGCCUGGUGCAGGAGCCGCGCAGAGGGGGAUGGCUGCUAUGGCGCUGGUUGCGGACGCGCGGCGCCGACAGCAAGUGAUCGAGCCCAAAGCGCUGGCUGGUGCAAUCAGGGAUUUGGCAAGGCUGCCGGAGUGGCCAUUCGAGGAUGCCAGGGUGCAGCCACGUGCUGCUGCGAAACGGGCACGCGCCGCUGCCGCAGAUCUCGCAGGAUUCGAGAUUCGCGCCGUCUGGCUCGAAUUCUGUGGGUGGCGCCGGAGCGCUGUGCAGUAUGCCAGCGCGGUGGAGCUCUGGGGUGAAGCUGCUGCUGCCAGCG